AUGGAAUUGGAAAGAAAUGCUGAUGAGGAAGCAAUAAAGUUUGCAUAUAGACGCUUGGCGAAAUAUUACCAUCCUGAUGUAUAUGAUGGUAGGGGGACCCUGGAGGAAGGGGAAACAGCGGAAGCACGCUUCAUCAAGAUACAGGCUGCCUAUGAACUACUCAUAGAUGAGGAGAAGAGGCAACAAUAUGAUAAUGAGCAUCGCGUCAAUCCUAUGAAGGCUUCUGAAGCAUGGAUGGAGUGGCUGAUAAAAAAGCGAAAAGCAUUUGAUCAGCGAGGUGACAUGGCUGUUGCUGCUUGGGCAGAGCAGCAGCAGCGUGAAAUGAACCUUCGUGUGCGCCGUCUCUCCCGAUCAAAGAUUGACCCAGAGGAAGAGAGGAGGAUAUUGGCCAGAGAGAAGAAGGCAUCCAUGGAGAACGUCUCAAAUACUUUGAAAAGGCACACUCUUGUCCUGAAGAAAAGGGAUAUAAUGAGAAGAAGGGCCAAUCAAGAUCAGAAGAAGGUUCUCGAUCAGCUUCUUGCUGCUGAAGGCCUCGAACUUGAGAACGAAGGUGAAGAUGGAGCAUAAACCAAUGUAUCAGAGUAAAGCAAGAGCAGAAAUUUAUUAUACACAACUUAUGUGUCCUUUGGCUCUUGGAAGUGAAGAGUAAACCACUCCAUUGGAACCUUCUUGCAUCAAAAGCUGCUAUAUGGUCCUUUCGAGGUUUUCAGGGGACUAUAAUGUAGAGAGAAGAUGGUCAGGCUCGGGCCCAUGUAAAUAUAUGGAAAUGAUAUACUGAAGCUUUGCUUUUGUAUGGUAUUGAUCCUCAUUAUUAUUGUAUUUGGUUUCACUAAUGAAUGAGAGAAACUCUUAUUCAGCAUCUUACAAAAGUACAAACCAUUAAACCUUGUUAUAAGAAUUUGUUUGCCUUAA